UCAGGCGCUCCCCGUCUAGCAUCCCACGCGUUGUAAACUUAACUAAUCACUAGCGUACUAAAAAGAAAAGGAGCAAAUCCCUCUAUUCUUGUCUGAAAUUCAAUUUUUUUCUCGGGAAAUCCGAAAUUCUAAACCCUAACCCUAAAUUAAUCACGGAACAGAGAUUGUAUAAAAUUGAACGAAAAUAGAGAGAUAUAAAAUAAAUCGACGAGAAUGUCAGAGAAUGAUGUCGAAAAGAAAGUAGCGGAUAGAUAUCUAAAGCGAGAGAUUCUUGGUGAAGGUACUUAUGGUGUUGUCUACAAAGCUAUUGAUACUAAGACAGGACAGACGGUUGCAAUAAAAAAAAUUCGGCUUGGAAAACAAAAGGAAGGAGUAAAUUUUACAGCACUUAGAGAGAUUAAACUGCUUAAAGAGCUUAAAGACCCGAAUAUAAUUGAGUUGAUCGAUGCUUUCCCUCACAAAGGGAACUUGCAUCUUGUGUUUGAGUUCAUGGAGACUGAUCUCGAAGCGGUUAUUCGUGAUCCAAAUAUAUUUCUUUCUCCCGGGGACAUAAAAUCAUACUUUCAGAUGACUUUGAAAGGACUACUGGUUUGCCAUAAAAAAUGGGUUUUGCAUAGGGAUAUGAAGCCAAAUAACUUGUUGAUAGGAUCUAAUGGACAGCUCAAACUUGCAGAUUUUGGUUUAGCGCGUAUUUUUGGAAGCCCGGGUCGCAAAUUCACCCACCAAGUCUUUGCUCGAUGGUAUAGAGCACCUGAACUUUUGUUUGGUGCCAAGCAGUAUGGUGCUGGUGUUGAUGUAUGGGCUGCUGGUUGUAUAUUUGCUGAGCUACUUAACCGCAGACCAUUCCUGCAGGGGGAUAGCGACAUUGAUCAACUUGGAAAGAUCUUUCAGAAGUUGGGGACUCCAACUCCUUCGCAGUGGCCUGAUUUGGAAUGGCUUCCUGACUUUGUAGAAUAUUCAUCUCAGACUGCACAACCUUGGCGAAAAUUGUGUCCUACAGCUAGUGAUGAUGCUUUAGAUCUGUUAUCUAAGCUGUUUACAUAUGACCCAAAAACUAGAAUUACAGUGCAGCAAGCAUUGGAGCACAGGUACUUUACAUCUAUACCUCUGCCCACAGAUCCGGCUAAGCUUCCCAGACCAGCCCCUAAGAGAGAAUCUCACAACCCAAGGACUUCAGAUUUACAUGAGGGUCCUACUGUCUUGUCACCAAAAAAGAAGGCAAGAAGAGUGAUGCCAGAUCGUGAAGUGUUUGAUGGAAAUGCAUACCAUGUUGAUAAGAUUGAUCAACACGGUGGUGAGAUCAGAUGGGCAGCUGGGGAUAACACAAGCAGGAAUGAACAGGUGCCGAUGUCGGUUGAUUUUUCGAUCUUUGGAGCAAAACCAAUGAGUAGACCUACAAUUAACAGUGCUGACAGAUCUCAUCUAAAGAGGAAACUGGAUCUUGAAUUCCAGCAUCCCGAAUAAGAAUAUUUACCUUAAUCACACUGGAUUUGGAAAUUUCUAUAGAGGAUAUAUUAUUUCUGGUGCUGCAUUUAUGAGGCAUGCUGUGAGUCUCUCAAGCUGGUUGUAAUUAUAUGGCAGUGUGUCGCCUUUCUCAUGAUGACUUGCCAGACCCUUCAGUUGGCUAUUUUCUGCCCAGAGAUCAAAAGGAAGCAUCUGUACUGCUGACCAUUGCUUUUUUUUUUUUUUUGCCCCACUUGUUUGAAGCUGUGGCCUUGAGUCAUAAAUAGUUGUCAAACAAAAAAGAGAGAAAUAUGACUUUUUUUCACCUUUUCAGAUAAUCGACACUGGUCGGAACACAUUUUUACUGUAGUCUAUGCUUGAGAGAAGUUGGACACGGUAAUUAAUUUCCUAUAUAAAUUGUGUUUAUUGUUGAGUGUA